AUGGACCCCUUCUCGCAGAUCCAAAUGGUACGGAGUCUGCUUGAGAUCUACCGACAGGAAGGCUGGCUGCCAGAUUGUCGGAUGAGCUUGUGCAAGGGCUUCACCCAAGGCGGCAGCAAUGCGGAUGUUGUACUUGCUGAGAGUUAUCUCAAGCUUGGAAAAAUGGCCGCUGAUCUGGGAGUGGAUUGGGAGACUGCUUACGAGGCUGUGGUCAAAGAUGCUGAGGAGGAGCCAUCAAACUGGUCUGUUGAGGGACGUGGUGGUUUGCUGAGCUGGAAAACACUCAACUACAUUCCCACCGAUGAUUUCGAUCCUUAUGGAGUAGGACCAUUUACCAGGAGUAUCAGCCGGACCGUCGAGUAUGCUUAUGACGACUACUGUAUCGCGGAGAUGGCUCGUGGUAUGAACAAAAUGGAUGACUACGAGAAGUACAUUGGAACAUCUGAGUACUGGAAGAACAUGUGGAAAGCAGACCAGAACUCUUCGAUCAAUGGUACCGAUACUGGCUUCACUGGAUUCCUGAUGCCGAGAUACCUCAACGGCACCUUUGGCUUCCAGGAUCCAAUCUUCUGUUCUCUCAUCAUGAACUUCACUUCUUGCUACCUCAAUCCCGAUGGACAUGAGACGUAUGAAGGAAGUUCCUGGAUGUAUUCCUUCUUUGUACCUCACGACAUGAACAGCCUGAUCGGAACAAUGGGUGGGCCAUCAACAUUUGUGAGCCGUCUCGACUACCUACAUGAAUUCCCGGGAUUGCUAUAUAUCGGUGACGAGCAGGCAUUCCUACCCGUCUUCCAAUACCACUACGCCGGCCGACCCGCCAAAUCCGCCGAGAGAGCCCACUUCUACAUCCCAUCGCAAUUCAACGACACCAUCAACGGCAUCCCAGGGAAUGACGACAGCGGAGCAAUGGGUUCCUUCGUUGCAUUAACUAUGAUGGGCGCCUUUCCCAACCCAGGACAAGACGUAUACUUCAUCACGCCUCCCUUCUUCGAGGAAGUCAGUGUAACGAACAAACUUACCGGCAAGAAAGCCACGAUUCGAAACGUCAACUUUGAUCCUGAAUAUCAGAACAUUUACAUUCAGAGCGCUACACUGGAUGGAGAGGCGUAUACCAAAAACUACUUCACGCAUAGCUUCUUCAUGGACGGAGGCGUCUUGGAGCUUACUUUGGGUAGGAAUGAGAGUUCGUGGGGGACGAGGAUGGAGGAUUUGCCUCCUAGUGUUUCUACUGGGGAUCAUGUUCCUAGUUAUCAUAUGUAG